GAGCUAGUUUCCUUCCAAUGGAACAUUCUCAUCUGGCUGCCCUGCGUUAGAUAGACUGUACGAGUACAGCUUUAAGCGGAGUAUACGACUACGCUAUAUUUUGCUCCCGUAUUCAGUUUUUUUUUCCCUCCCUUUUCCACAAACACCCCUCGCAAAUCUACCAUGCCGAGAAGGAGCAAAGAAGAUUCAGAUGCAGCUGAAACAGUGCCCAAGAGGAGAUCCAUCAGAUUGAGCGAUAGGCCAACAGCUGCAAAAGCAGAGCCCAAACCCAAGCCAAAGAAGGCCCCCGCUAAGCCGAAGAAAGGCAAAGAGGUGGAGAAGGCCAAGCCUGAGGAGAAGGCCGAGGAUGCCCCUGCUGAGAAUGGUGAAGCCAAAGCUGAGGAAGAGGCACCAGCCACGGAUGCAGCAGAGGAAAAAGAUGAGGAGGCAGAAUAACAUCUCUCAAACUACAUCCUUACCAAUGCUCCCUGUACCUCUAUUCUUGUACAAUUCAGGGGAAUAUUUUUAUCAACUAUUUUCUAAAUACAGGUUUUUAGUAGUUUGAUUGUAGAAAACACCUUUCUUCCCCACCCCCCCCCCCUUUUUUUUUUUUUUAAACAAAAGACAAAAAAAAAAAAUUGUCAAUUUGAGGACGAGGGAAUUUCAUCACAUCCGAAAAUUUUUUCCUCCUCUGAAAUGGCAGCGGGGGUCAUUGUAACUUGUCAAUGGUUGGUUUUCAUUUCCAAGUUAUUUUAAAUGUGAAGGAAGAGAGGCUGCACGAUGGGUUUACAGUGUCAACAAGCAAACAUGGUCGCAGAAUCUUGGUCGACAACUGAAAUUUUGACUGUGGAUUACAUUCCGUAUGCUUUAAAGGGACAUUGUAUGUAAUCUGUGCUGGGGCAGGGAUGGACACAGUCACUCAUUGUUUUAUUGUUUAUAAUGAAGAACAGUGUUUUAGAAUGUUUGCAAGCUUUGUCUUCAUGUUAACUCUUGUACUCAUGCAGUUUUAAUACAAAAUUGGAUCAAUAAAUCAAAAAUUCCUUGUA